AUGGAGAAAGACCAGACGACUGCCCAGGUCGACCGCGAAGAUGUCGACAGACUUGCAUAUUCGUAUGAACACAUCACCGGCCUCGAAGUCCCGCUUGUCACUUGGUGGAAGCAUCGUGGACUUCGACGACUGUAUGUCAUGAUGCCAAUUCUCUUCCUCGGAUCUACAACCAAUGGCUAUGACGGUUCCUUGCUGAAUGGAUUGCAGACGAUGGACCCAUGGCAGGCGUACUUCAACAAUCCAACAGGCUCAAAACUCGGACUCAUCACUGCUAUUCAGCAGAUUGGAGCUAUAUGUGCUUUGUUCUUCAGCUCCUAUAUUGCAGAUCUGUUUGGCAGGCGUAUUGGUGUCUGUACGGGCCUCAUGAUGUUGUUCAUAGGGACUAUAUUGCAAGUUGUUCCUGCUAGUAACCACCUCGGAAUGUUUCUAGGUGGCAGAUUUCUUGUUGGCUUCGGAUCCAAUUUGACCCAAGGCUCUGCUCCUCUUCUGAUCAUGGAGCUUGCACAUCCACAACAUCGAGGAAAGCUGACAACCAUGUACAACACAUUGUGGUAUAUGGGCGCCAUCAUUGCGGCUUGGACAGUAUUUGGCACUGUGAAAUACACCUCCAACGCAGCUUGGCGAAUUCCAGUCGGUAUGCAAGCGGCUAUGCCAGCGAUCCAAAUGGCGUUCAUCUUCUUUGUGCCAGAGAGUCCUCGAUGGCUUUGCUCAAGAGAUCGUCAAGAUGAAGCUUUUGCAAUACUUGUCAAAUAUCAUGCCAAUGGAGACACAACAGACCACUUCGUAAAGUCGGAGUUCCAAGAGAUCCAGGAAACACUUCGACUCGAAAAGGUCGCAGCUAAUAGCGGAUGGACCGACUUUCUGAAGACUCCUGGGAAUCGCAAGAGACUCUUGCUCAUUGCCCUGGUAUCGUUUUUCUCGCAGUGCUCUGGUAACGGGCUCGCCUCUUACUACCUCCAUGAUAUCCUGAACUCGGUUGGAAUCACAGCCUCGUAUGACCAGUCCCUCAUCAAUGGCGGACUCCAGAUAUGGUCGUUCUUGGUCGCAAUAUUCUUCUCUCUGCUUGUUGAUAAGAUGGGGAGGAAGUUACUUUUUAUGAUCGCGGGCGUUGGCAUGCUCGUAACCUUCAGCAUUUUAACCGCUUGUUCUGCUGUGUAUGCCCAGUCAGGAAACUCAGGUGCAGGUAGCGCUGUCAUUGCCAUGAUCUUCCUGUUCUAUGGUGUCGCAGGAUUCGCUUGGCCGGGUUUGACGGUCGCAUACUGUGCUGAAAUACUCCCCUUCAAUAUCCGUGCAAAGGGUAUGGCAAUCAAUUUUGCACUGACGGCAACAGCUUCCGUCUUCAAUCAAUAUGUCAAUCCGAUUGGACUUCAACACCUGGCAUGGAAGUUCUACUUCGUGUACAUAGCCAUCCUGGUGAUUGAGUGUCUGUGCAUCUGGUUCCUUUUCGUUGAGACGAAAGGUCCAACGCUGGAAGAGAUUGCUCGACUGUUCGAUGGCGAUGCUGCGAAUGUUUCAGGUAAGGAAGUGCUGGACGAAAAGGUCGCAGCUGCUGGUCGUGGUCAUGCUGAACAUAUUGAAAAUGCUUAAGGUUCGGAUGCUAUCUGCUCGAAAUUCCUGGAGGCGAAUGUAAAGCAAUGAGAAUGGCCAAUAUCAGGAUCUGGCUCGUAGCUACGAGGGGAGCAGAAACGUGUAUGGGAACUGAACAAUCGAAAGCAUCAUGGUCAUGUAAUAUUGUCUGAAAUUCGAAUGAUACUUUCUGUGACCCGACUUCUUUCGAGCAAUCUUUGGUCUUCAAUCGGGAAACUCUGUAGAUGUAAAUCAGGGGAAUUAUCCGAGGAUUCCUUUUCGUCCAAUGCGAGGGCAUGCUGAAGGAGAAAUCUGACCAUCCACUUGUCGAACCGAUGAGUACCCAAUUGGGCAGUCCGCAAGCAAGCAUCUUGGAAUGUGAUCAGUCUCUUCAU